AUAAAAUGUCCAAUAUUUUUGAAGAGAGCAAAACUAGAGCUUUUAUUAAGAAUGAAGGAGUAGAUUAUAAUACAACUGUGACUACCCAGGAACUCCCUCUUGAGGAUUUUGCAGAGAACUUACAAAUUGACGUAAUCUCUUUAAAUGAUGAAGAUAUUACUUUUGAUGUAAAAGGAAUAGACCCAGCUUUUGCAAAUGCAUUGAGAAGAAUUUUCAUCUCAGAGAUCCCAACUAUGGCAAUUGAGAAAGUGAAUAUGUGGCAGAAUACUUCAGUAAUCCCCGACGAAGUUCUUGCUCACAGAAUGGGACUCGUUCCAAUUAAAGUAGACCCAAGACUUUUUGAAGUAAAGGGUAAAAAUGAGGAUCAUAAUGAGAAUAAUUGAGUUCAGUUCAACCUUCAUAUAAAAUGCACAAGGAAAAACACGCCUGAAGCUCAGAAUAGAGAAAAUGAUAUCCUCCCUGAGAAUGAUGAAGCUCUAUUCAAUCACGCAUCGGUUUAUACAAGUGACAUGAAAUGGGUUCCUAUUGGAACUCAAGAAGAGAAGUUUAAAAACACGCCUAUUAGACCUGUGUAUGAAGACAUCCUUCUUUCUAAAAUGAGACCUGGACAAGAAAUAGAGAUGGAACUUAUGUGAGAAAAAGGAGUAGGAAAGACGCAUGCCAAAUGGUCUCCUGUAUCCACUGCUUACUAUAGGCUUCUCCCAGAUAUUGCUCUUAAAGAAGAGAUCUCUGGAGAAGAAGCUCAGGAGCUUAAGAGCAAAUGCCCAAUGAAUGUUUUUGAUAUUGAAGACACAGGUAAACUCUUUGUCAAAAACUCAAGAGUUUGUACCACAUGAAGAGAAUGAAUCAGAGACGAGAAGUUUGUUGAUAAGAUCAAAUUAGCUAAAGUGAAAAACCAUUUUGAAUUCACUGUUGAAUCAGUAGGAAUGUAUAAACCAGAGGAGAUUGUAACUGAAGGAAUUAAAAUUCUGAAAGAGAAGGUAAAAUGCUGGAAAAACACCAUGAAAGGUAUGGAAGAGGACGAAGAAUAGUGGAUAAUUAUUAAAAAAAUCAAUAAAUCAUAAA